CUUUAUCUCCUGUUUUAUUCUCAAAGUAACUAUGAUCUCUUCCCUGCUCAGGUGCCUUGAGGUAUCCAACUACUCGCCCCAACGCUCACUCAAUUUUGCUCUUCUUCAUACGGGCGCGCGCGGACACCGUCUCUCUCUGUAGAGACAGUGAAACUGUUGACGACUUGUGUAUCUCCUUUUCACCCCCCAUCUGCCUGUGUCUUUUCGGAUUCAGUAAACACUGACUGAUCUUAGGGCGGGUUUAGUCUGGGUCUAUCCGCUUCCAGGUGUAGAUCCGACCGCAAAGGAUUACUUGUCGCCCAGUUUGUUGCUGCCAUGGCGCUGCUUCUGCCUCCGAACGAAGCUCGCAACCAAGGCUCCCAAAAUUGCGAAGGCCAAGAGGAUGGCUUUGAGGAAAGAUUGAGUUAUAUGUACGAUGCGUUUCAGGCCAAGGUGGACACAUUGAUGCGCUACACUGAUGAAGUUCUGGAAGUGUGUGCCGCCUCCCUCGCUGCGUCCAACGUCCGUCACACACCGAUCACGAAGCGGAUCAAGUCUUGGGAGUCGGCCAAGGGUAGUAUCCGCCGACAGUACCAAGAGUUGGUCUUAUGGCGGCGUCUGCGCGCCGCCGUCGAAGCCAAGGGCCGUCGGUGGGAAGAAUACUGUCGAGAGAUAGGCCUGCAGACGGCACAGAACGAGAUGAUGGCUCUGCAGACGCCCGCCGACAUGUUCGCCGCACUGCAGGACUUCGGCGGGUUGCGGGUCUCUCUUUACUUCCCGGGAGACGUGGAGCGGGUCGCUUCCAUCUUGCAAGGCCGUGUCCAGGUCGUCAAAGUGACAAACAAGCGUCAAGGCUCCGGUGAGAGAUCAAGGCGACUGCAACAGCUCAUCGACUACCUCCAAACCCCAGAGUCUGUGAACAAUCAUGUCCAUCGGCCUACUCAGGUCAACGACCCAUUGCAACGAGGGUUUGCGAGGACCUUCUCGGGCUACAAAGCGACCCACUUUAUUGUCAAGCUGCGCGAGGAAGAUAUACCCGACGAUCGGAGAUAUGCAUGGAAGGACAUUGUGGUCGAGAUCCAGGUGGGAACGCUCGUGAUGCAUGUGUGGUCAGAGAUUGAACAUGACAUGAUCUAUAAGCCGGUUGAGUCGCAGGGAGAAGGAAUAUCUGACGAUGAGGAGCGUCUGCUGGAUCUUAUCAAUGGCAUUGUAUUGACCGGAGAGGCCGCGCUGCAGCAGUUGGAGGCCAGCACAGCCAAACGACUGAAUCGGCGCGCCGCGAACACGGAUACGAUGGCGAGCAGCUACUUCGAACUCGGCACAUGGAUCGAGAAAGACUGUCAGUUACUGGGAAUGCCGAUCUUCGGUGGUGAGUGGCGGUUAUUAGACCGGCUUUAUGCCAUCCUGAAGGCCAUGGGUAAGCACAAGCACUCCCAGGUGACGGAACUUCUCGAGGCAAUCGCGAGUCAGCAUAAACACACCCGCCAAACGCUGCCCACAGCCAUGCUCAGGGCACUAUGCCGGAGGUCGCCGUUAUACCGGCUCGAGUGGCCCACAAUUGAUGGCUUUACCGUCAUGGUAUUAGCUCAGAACGCCAGGCUUUGGGCGAUUCGCCUUGUACACAGUCUGAAUUGGGCUAUAUAUCUCGGCGUGGGCGAGGCGUUCCUCAACAUCAAUGUCCAGCGCCCGCCGCCUUCGCUUGUGUCCUUUCUUGAUAUUUUACACCCAGACUCGCCACAAUACACAAGCGCAGAAAGUGCAGAAACGAUAGCGGAGUUCUGCCGUGCCAUCCUUGACUCCGCUUAUUGGCCUCUUUCCACAUCGGACAAAAUCAUGGAUGCACUGCACGUAGCGAGGAUGCUGCCGAGAAUGAAUGUGAUAGUGUGCAUCGCUGGCUCUACAGGUUGUCGCUACAUCAUGGUUCCCGACGUGAUUAGUCAGAUGCUGCCACUCGGCGACUUAUCGAGUCAUGGAAUCGACCGUCCUUUCGAUGCAAGCGAGCUUUACGGCGUCAUUGACUUUAUAAAUUUCUAUUUAACCCAUGAAGGCGACAAGGUUAACUUCAACAUCCACCUCUGGGACCGCUUGACAGGACCGUCGGUCAAUCCACCGAGUAGAACUCCGGCAUACAACCGCUUCUUCGUACCCCAGCGAGCGGAUCAACAUAGUAAGUUAGGUCUCUGGCAGCUGGUUGACUGCCCUACACAGCUGGAAGUGCAGCUAGUGGAUUUCGAUGAUUUGAGCCAAGCCAGAAAGGAGCUUCAUCGGCGCCUUUAUGAUUCCAUCCCCGGCCCCUUGGAUGAAGUCCUCCAGCUCGCGUGCUGCAUUUUCCCUCCAGACCGUCAUGAGGGAGUGCGUAGAGCCUGGAGCAUGGCGAGGGCGCUGCGGCCCGAAGGAAAUCCGACUCAUAGUCAUCUUGCUCCGCCUCGCUUAUACUCUUUCCUCGGAACUAAGGGAAGAGAUCGUGCAUUGCGGCUGAAAAAUCAAUUAACCAAGCAUAUUCAAGCGGUAUCAGCACGCUUCCGCCCUUCAAGCAAUAGGACCUCCUACACCGAGGCUCAGGAAGGUCUGACAUUGGCCGUUGUACGCGAAAGGAUGAUACAAUGGCGCCCAUCACAGGAGUUGUCUGGUCCUGAAGAGGCAGAUACUUUUUAAUCCCACUCUGCCCCAGUUGCAUCUCACAGAGAACGAGGCCUCCUGUAAUUGGCCUGUCAGCUUAUUUGAUUCAAUUUAAUUUAAGUUUUAUUGAUCUACAUCUUGACCUUAGCUGAUUGUUUUUUUAACUACUGAGCCGUGUACCAAAAGUUAUUGAACUGCCG